AUGGGGGUCAAGAAUCGUAAGAAGAAGACCAAGGGGUCAAGUGAUCAUGACGAGACUGACAAUAAGCCUAAGCAUAGGCACUUGCGUCAGCAGGGGAAGAAGAGUGGCAAAACAUGGAAAGAGUCUCGGAGAAUGGUGUUUACGCUUGGUGCUAUAUUAGGCUUGCUGAUAGCGCUGUACUUAGGAUCGUAUGUGGCUAGUCCUAAUACCGUUCUAUUCGACAACCUGGUAAACUUUGAAUCGUUUCAAGAUUACAUGGAAGAUUGGAAAGAGGUAAUACCUCAAAGUGUCUCGUCUUUGAUCAACGAUUUCCAGCAACGUAAUCUUCCCACGACUUCGCCAAAAGAUCUCACAGAAAGUUUUGCAGUGGGUAAAGAACUGCAUAAGGAGCUUGAUCUGUCGCAUACACAUCCAGUCAUCAUGGUACCCGGUGUCAUUUCAACAGGAAUUGAAAGCUGGGGACUUUAUGGAGAUGACGAAUGCCCUAGCGAAGCCCACUUUCGCAAAAGACUUUGGGGUUCUUUUUACAUGUUAAAAACGAUGGUUUUAGACAAGGCAUGUUGGCUGAAACAUGUCAUGCUGGACCCAGAAACAGGUCUAGAUCCUGCAAACUUUACAUUGCGAGCUGCUCAAGGAUUUGAAGCUGCUGAUUUCUUCAUGGCUGGGUACUGGAUUUGGAACAAAGUUCUGCAAAACCUUGGGGCUAUUGGUUAUGAGCCCAAUAAAAUGAGCACUGCCGCCUACGACUGGAGGCUUGCAUAUCUUGACUUAGAGCGAAGAGAUUCGUAUUUUUCAAAGUUGAAGCAGCAAAUCGAACUCAGCUAUGCGCUUACGGGUGAGAAAACGGUGCUAACUGGUCAUUCCAUGGGGUCUCAAAUCAUUUUCUAUUUCUUGAAGUGGGUUGAGGCAGAGGGACCAUUAUACGGUAACGGUGGUCGUGGAUGGGUGAAUAAGCAUAUAGAUUCCUUUAUUAACGUGGCAGGAACGUUGCUAGGCGCACCCAAGGCAGUCCCAGCCUUAAUUAGUGGAGAGAUGAAGGAUACCAUUCAAUUGAAUGCGUUAGCUAUGUACGGCUUGGAAAAGUUCUUUAGCAGAAAGGAGAGGCUCGACAUGAUACAAACAUGGGGCGGUGUACCAUCUAUGGUACCCAAAGGUGGUGAUCUCAUCUGGGGUAAUCUUUUUACUUCCCUUGAAGAUGAACUUCACAAUAACACCGACACUUACGGAAAGUUCAUCAGAUUUGAACGUGCUUCAACCACCAAAUAUUCUGAACGUAAUCUCACCAUGACUGAUUCGAUUGAUUUAGUGCUAGAACUUGCCCCUACAUGGCUUCGUGAUCGUGUCAAGGAUCAAUACUCUUUUGGUUAUGCGACAACAGAGGCCGAAAUGAGGGCCAACGAAAAACAUCAUAGCCAUUGGACGAAUCCAUUGGAAGUUCCUCUACCCGAUGCUCCAGAUCUAAAAGUAUAUUGUUUUUACGGUGUGGGAAAUCCCACAGAGAGAGCUUACGUAUACAAGGAGGAGCUCGAGCACCCGGAUUUAAAUAUUACGAUUGAUUAUGAGAGCGAGAACCCUGUAUUCUUCACGGAUGGAGAUGGCACCGUCCCGAUCGUUACCCAUGCCAUGUGCCAAAAAUGGGCCCAGGGCAAAUCUGCAUACAAUCCAGGUGACUCCAAAGUCAAGAUUGUCGAAAUUAAGCAUCAACCAGACCGGUUUGAUAUCAGAGGUGGAGCAAAGAGUGCAGAACACGUUGACAUCCUAGGAAGUGCAGAAUUGAAUGAGUACAUCUUGAGAGUAGUAUCCGGAAAUGGAGACACUAUCGAACCUCGCGAAUUGACCAACAUGACGCGUUGGGUUCAAGAAAUGCCAUUUCCAAUGUAG